AAAGAUGCUAGGAUGAUCUCGUUUCACUUGUAACAUGUUUGCAUGAUCAUUGAUGAAUAAAGCUGGUGGUGCACUGAUCGACUUCGUGCUGUUUCACUCGUCAUCAAUUAUUUUAUUUGGUUUUCUCAGUCUUGAGCCAUCAUUAUUUCAGCUUCAGAGAAUCAUAAACUGUUGAGAAUUACAAUCUUAUGCAAGAAAAAAUGCCCUCGUCUCAAGAAACUUGCCGUCCUGCAUUCCCGGAUCAGGAGGAGCCUCGCAUCAGCUUUGGCCUUCCGUUCCAUGAAACCUGCCGAAAACAUGUCGAGGAGACGUUUCACGCGUCAAAAGUAUAUAUCAUUGCGUCAAACACCUUAGCCAAUAAGACAAAUGCUCUCAAAGAUCUGAAGACUGCGCUUGAUGGAAGGAUUGCUGGCGUUCGAGUUGGCAUGCGUCCACAUACUUUCAUGAGCGAGGUACUCGACAUUACACAUGAAGCUCGCAAAGUGGACGCCGACUUGAUCGUCACGCUUGGUGCGGGAAGCUUGUCUGAUGCUGCCAAGAUUAUUGCGCUUGCUCUUGGCAAUGACGUUGAAACCGAAGAAGAUCUCUUGAAUCUCCCAAGCACUGCAAACAGAGACGCCAAAGCCAAGCCUCCAAAAUGUCCAGUAAUUUGCAUUCCCACAUCCCUUUCUGGUGGCGAGUACAGCGAUUUUGCAGGCGUUACUAGGGACAGCGACCAUGAAAAAAUCCAGUUUAUGGAACCUCUUCAGGGACCUCGAUUGAUCAUUCUGGACGCAGAUCUAGCGGUCUCAACGCCGCUCAGAAUGUGGAUUGGUUCUGGAGUUCGUGCUUUGGACCACUGUGUCGAAGCAUUGUGUGGUAGUCAACGCGAUGAACUUGCCGAUGAUGGCUGUAUCAAAGGUCUGAACGCUGUGGUGCCUGGUUUAUUGCUAUCAAAACAGAACCCAUCAGAUGCACAUGCACGACAUGAAUCACAGAUAGGCGUGAAUUUCGCCAUGGUUCCAUUACACCGCACUAAAUAUACUCGCAUGUUUGCCGAAAUGGGUGGUGCAAGUCAUGGCAUUGGUCACAUGUUGGGUCCGCUUGGUGUCGCUCAUGGCGAGACGAGCUGCAUCUUGUUGCCGGCUGUAUGCAAGUAUAAUGCGCAACAUGACAGUAAGAGAAGCAUCGAGAGGCAGAAUAUCGUUUCACGGGUCCUGUGGGGUAUUGAUGUCGCAAGAGAGACUUUCGAGAGAAGGGGGCUCAAGGAGAAUAACUCAGACCUUGGAGACCUGAUCGAUGCGAUUGUUCGAGAACUUGAUAUGCCUCGAACUCUGACUGAAGUUGGUAUUGGCAGAGACAAGCUUGAUCAGCUGGCCGAAAAUAGUUUGAGAGAUAUUUGGGUAUGGAAUAAUCCUGCGCCGUUGAGAACCAAAGAGCAAGUCAUGGAUAUAUUGGAGCAGUGUAUCUAGCUUAAGUAAGAGAUAUUUCUAAUAAUACAAAGAACCCAUGUCAGC